UUAAAAAAAGAUGCUCCUUUUUUUCCUUCACUUUUCAUAAUUUCUCUUUAAUUUAUCUCCAUUAAAAUUUGCACUAUUUUCUCCUUUUCUCUUUUCUCUCCAUAUAAAUACACAUUCAUUUCUCAUUCCUCAGUUUCAACUUUGUUCCACCCAAAAAACCCCGCAAUUGAUUUUUUAUAAAUCCCUAAAAAUAAGAAUGUCUGCGUUUUCCCGGCGAAUUACUGCCGGUGCCGGGAUUACGUUACCGGAAAACCGGCGAUUAAAUUGUCAGAUCGGACAAUCCUUAACCUUUCGAUCACAUCAGAAUUUGUUGACAAAUCAAAAAUUAAGAAUCAGACCGGUUUUUGUUGAUAUAAACCGUUUGAUUGAGGUGAGUUCGGACGAUGGAAGUGAUGAUUGGAAUUGGAAGGGAAACAGGAGGACGAAGUUGAUGAAAUCGUUUUUGUGUAGAGUAGGAGAAGUUGAUGAGAACGUGGAAAGAGAUAAUCGGACGGUGGAGGUUAUGGUAGGUGUAGGUGCUACAGUGGUGCUUGGUGUAGCGAAUCGUGUAUUGUAUAAGUUGGCUCUUGUUCCUUUGAAGCAUUACCCUUUUUUCCUAGCUCAACUCGCUACUUUUGGAUAUGUUGUUGUUUAUUUCUCAAUCUUAUAUCUUCGGAGACGUGCUGGCAUUGUCACUAAGGAGAUGCUAUCAUUGCCUCAAGUUCCUUUUCUUGCAGUUGGGCUUUUGGAGGCUCUUGCUGCAGCAUCUGGAAUGGCAGCGGCAACAAUGCUUUCUGGGGCAUCGAUUCCAAUAUUGUCUCAGAGUUUUCUCGUUUGGCAACUUCUCCUCUCUGCAAUUUUUCUUGGAAGGAGAUAUAAUGUCAAUCAGCUAGUGGGUUGCCUAUUGGUGUCUAUGGGCGUUAUAAUAACCGUAACAAGUGGGUCUGGUGCUGGUCCCUCCUGGAAUAAUACUGGUAUAUUUUGGAGUAGUUUGAUGAUUUUUUCAUUUUUUGUACAAGCAGCGGACACAAUUUUGAAGGAAGUAAUUUUCCAAAAAGCUGCUGAAAGAUUAAAGGGAAAAUCAGUGGAUCUCUUUGUUGUAAAUUCAUUUGGAUCUGCUUAUCAAGCACUCUUUAUUUGCCUUCUUCUACCCUUCCUUUCGAAGUUGUGGGGCAUACCAUUUAGUCAAAUGCCAUCAUACCUUAAAGACGGAGCAGCGUGUUUUCUCAACAUCUAUACUCUCUCAACUGGAUGCAAUGGUGCUCCCCUAUUGCCUGUGCUCUUUGUUAUCGUGAACAUGGGAUAUAACAUAUCUUUGCUGCAUCUUCUAAAGAUCUCCUCAGCGGUGGUAUCUUGUCUAGCCUCUACAGUAUCAGUACCUUUGUCUGUGUUUGUAUUCACCUUGCCUCUACCAUACCUUGGCGCCGGUACUGCUCUUCCUCCAGGUUUUGUGGCAGGAGCAGUCGUCCUCGUUUUGGGCUUGUUUUUCUACUCAUGGAAACCGGCAAUGGUACCUGCUAGUGCAACCACUUCAUAAUUAUUAGGUUCAGCAGAGUAGUAAGGAGAAAAUUGUAACAAAUGUUGUUGUGACUAGUAGGCUAGUAGCUAUGUGAUUGUAGGAAUUAUCUCACUUGUUUAGUAAUGGAGGACUAGUGAUUUUCUUGGGGUCAAAGUCAGUGACAAACUGAGAGGUUGAAGAAUGUUCCUAUUGUCUUGAAAAAUAAGUUAAUAACAUUGCUUAAAGUGCAAGUUUU